AUGUACAAGACCAUCACCUCCCUCAGCGCCAUCGCGGCUCUUGCUGCCACGGCCACCGCCCACGGUACUGUCACCGGUGUCACCAUCGAUGGUGUCUACUCCCAGGGCUUCAAGCUCGACUACUACUAUGCCAAGCAGAACGGCGGUGAGAUCCCCGAGCACAUUGGCUGGUAUGCCGAAAACCUCGACAAUGGCUUUGUAGAGCCCAACUCCUUCUCCACUGCCGACAUCAUCUGCCACAAGGCUGCCAGCCCUGAGGGUAGCUCUGACGCCAUGGCCAAGGUUACCGCUGGUGGUGUUGUAGAGUUCCACUGGUCCGUCUGGCCCGACAGCCACAUGGGUCCCGUCAUCACCUACGUCGCUCCUUACACUGGCGACAUUGCCUCAGUCAAGAAGGAGGAGCUCAAGUGGACCAAGAUCGACGGCGCUGGUUACGAGGACGGCGAGUGGGCUGCCGUCAAAAUGAUCGGCCAGAACAACACUUGGCCCGUCACCGUCCCAGAGAGCCUCGCCGCCGGCAAGUACGUCUUCCGCCACGAAAUCAUUGCUCUCCACGGCGCUGGUUCCGAGAACGGUGCCCAGAACUACCCUCAAUGCCUCAACAUCGAGGUGACUGGUUCCGGAACCGAGACCCCAGAGGGUGUUGUCGGAACUGAGCUCUACACCCCCACAGACCCCGGCAUCCUCUUCAACCCCUACGCCGCCACCAUCGACUACACCGUCCCUGGCCCUGCUCUCUUCGGCUCCGGUGGUUCUUCUACUCCUACAAAGCCCAGCACUCCUUCCGCUGCUCCUACCCCCAGCGGUAACGCCACUACCCCCAUCUCCAGCCCUGCCGCCAGCGCCAGCCCUGUUGCUACUCCCGUUGCCACUCCCAUCGCUGAGGAGGAGCCUGCUACCUCUUCUGCUGCCCCAUCCACCGGUGGUGACGAGCUCCCCGAGACCUUCACCAUUGACACUUUUAUCACUUGGCUCGAGGGUAAGGCCAGCGGCUCUGCUUCCAAGGCUCGCCGCCACGCCCGCUCUUUCUUCUAA